AUGUUUUCCCUGUCGUCCUUUCAGCAACAGCAGAUGAUUGUGCCCCUCGGCCAACUUGUCAGCGCCCUCCACUCCCUGAAGAACACUGCCACGGCGUCGGUGCAGACUCUGCACAAAGAUUUCAACCCGGAGCAUGCCCCACUUGCAAAAGAGCCCAACACGAGUCUUCGCGAUUUGGGCGUUUCCGAUAUACGGGGCGCUCACCUGGACGAGCUGCUGGACAGGUUGCUGCCAACGCUGGGCUCGAAAGAAUCGCCUUCUUUUCCCUCGGCGUGGAGGACCAGUCACGUUUCCGCGAGCACCUUCUUUCACAACAAGCACGGAUUCGCACACAGAAGACUUUUUAGCCCGCCGUUAUUCCACAGGCAAAACCACAGACCUCUACAAGAAGUUUGCUCUGAGCUUCAGUUUUUACCCUUUUGGCUCCAGAGUCGAGGUUUCAAGACCCUCCGAAAUAAGGCCAGACGGACGACGUCCGGUGAUGACGCUCCAACUGAGUUGGAUCCCUACACGCCGGUUUUCAUGAAGGGUUUUCUGAACAGGGAAAAGAUAGCAGAAGCUCAGUCGUUGGACCAACUCACGAAAAGCAAGAACCUUCCGGAGAACCAAGCGGAGGCCUUCAAGUCAGGCUUUUCUGAGGGUUUCAUGCGCUCUCAGGCCUUUACGCAAAAGACGCAAGAUUCACUGAGGAGAACCAGGCUGGUCCUGUUCGUGCUUCUCGUGCUGGGCAUUUAUGGUCUGUCCAGAGCCCCUUUUCUCUCGGGUAAAGGCUCCUUUUCUGAUGCUGUGAGGUUUCGCACCACGACGGGCCUGGAUUCCGGCAUCGACCCGGUCCAAAUGAAGAACGUGACGUUCGAACACGUCAAGGGAGUAGAGGAGGCAAAGAACGAGCUGCAGGAUGUGGUGGAGUUCCUCAGGAACCCUCAAAAGUUCACCGUUCUGGGCGGAAAGCUGCCCAAAGGAAUCCUCUUGGUGGGGCCGCCCGGCACCGGAAAGACGCUGCUGGCCCGAGCGGUCGCCGGCGAAGCCGACGUGCCUUUCUACUACGCGUCGGGGUCAGAGUUCGACGAGAUGUUCGUGGGAGUGGGCGCCAGCCGCAUCAGGAAUCUCUUCAAGGAGGCCAAAGCCAACGCGCCUUGCGUCAUCUUCAUCGACGAACUGGACAGCGUCGGCGGGAAGAGGAUCGAGUCUCCCAUGCAUCCGUACUCACGACAAACCAUAAACCAGCUGCUGGCCGAAAUGGACGGUUUCAAGCCAAACGAGGGCGUCAUUGUCAUCGGUGCUACCAACUUUGCCGAAGCGCUAGAUAACGCUCUGGUGCGGCCGGGCCGCUUCGACAUGCAGGUGACGGUCCCUCGACCUGACGUCAAGGGACGCACCGAGAUUCUCAACUUAUACUUGGCUAAAAUUAAAGUUGACUAUGCGGUGAAACCCGAGAUUAUCGCCCGAGGCACGGUGGGCUUCUCGGGAGCCGAGCUGGAAAACCUGGUCAACCAGGCCGCCCUGAAGGCGGCGGUGGACGGGAAAGACAUGGUCACCAUGAAAGAGCUGGAGUUCGCUAAGGACAAGAUCCUCAUGGGACCCGAGAGAAGAAGCGUGGAGAUCGACAAGAAGAACAAGACCAUCACGGCCUAUCACGAGUCGGGACACGCCAUCGUGGCGUACUACACCAAGGACGCCAUGCCCAUCAACAAGGCCACCAUCAUGCCACGAGGACCCACGCUCGGACACGUGUCCCUGCUCCCGGAGAACGACCGCUGGAGCGAAACCAGGGCACAGCUGUUAGCCCAGAUGGACGUCAACAUGGGCGGGCGAGUCGCAGAAGAGCUCAUUUUUGGAGAUGAUUACAUCACCACAGGCGCAUCCAGCGACUUUGACGGGGCAACCAAAAUUGCCAAGAUGAUGGUGACCAGGUUCGGCAUGAGCGACAAGCUCGGCGUCAUGACCUACGGCGACGUCUCCAAACAAAGCCCUGAGACGCAAGCCGCCAUCGAACAGGAAGUCAGGACGCUGUUAAAAGACUCGUACGAGCGGGCCAAGAACCUCCUGACUACCUACAAAAAGGAGCACAAGAAGCUCGCAGACGCCCUCCUCAGAUAUGAGACUCUGGAUGCCAAAGAGAUCCAGAUGGUUCUGGAGGGAAAACCACUAGACCAGUAA